GGCAAAAUAUGAACCACCCCGGCCCAGACACAGGAAAUCUACUAACGUACACUUUAUACAACCCAUCACCAAAAUCUCCCAAAUCCAUCCUCACCCUCCAUCCCCCACAAUCCAACGGUCCAAAAACCCACAAAUAUCCCAAACCAUAUCCUAAACCAGAAAAUUCACUAAAAAUACAACUGAAAUAAAAAAUAAAAAUCAUCAACAUUGAUCACACUCUCACUUGUCACUUCCACCACACUCUCUCUCUCCACCACCAUGGCUUCCUCAAUGACAUUCAAACCCUUCACCGGCCUCCGCCAAUCAACACCUUCCACCACCCCUGAAACCACCACCUUCUUUAAAACUGUCAAAAUAUCCCCCAAAAUCAAGGCCAGCAUCACCAGCCCUAAGUUGAAAGGCCGGAACCUCCGUGUGGCAGUAAUUGGUGGUGGACCAGCCGGAGGCGCUGCGGCGGAGACACUAGCCAAGGGAGGAAUAGAGACGUUCCUAAUCGAACGAAAGCUCGACAACUGCAAGCCAUGUGGUGGAGCAAUCCCACUUUGUAUGGUAGGAGAGUUCGAUUUGCCACUAGACAUAAUUGACAGGAAAGUGACCAAGAUGAAGAUGAUUUCCCCAUCAAAUGUGGCGGUUGACAUUGGCCGAACCCUAAAGCCGCAUGAGUACAUUGGUAUGGUUAGACGGGAGGUACUUGACGCGUACCUCCGUGAUAGGGCUUCCGAUUCAGGUGCGACUGUAAUCAAUGGGUUGUUCUUGAAGAUGGAUAUUCCCAAGACAUCAGAUGCUCCUUACCAGUUGCAUUAUUCGGCUUAUGAUAGUAAGACUGGUGCAGCUGGUGAGAAGCGGACAUUGGAGGUGGAUGCUGUGAUUGGAGCUGAUGGGGCCAAUUCCCGGGUUGCUAAGUCUAUUUCUGCUGGGGAUUAUGAGUAUGCUAUUGCCUUUCAGGAGCGUAUCAGGAUACCUGAUGCGAAGAUGACCUACUAUGAGAACCUAGCUGAAAUGUAUGUAGGGGACGAUGUCUCACCAGACUUCUAUGGUUGGGUAUUCCCCAAAUGUGACCACGUAGCAGUUGGGACAGGGACUGUAACCCACAAGUCAGACAUUAAGAAGUUCCAAUUAGCAACAAGAACACGAGCCAUGGACAAGAUUGAGGGUGGAAAGAUCAUCCGAGUGGAAGCCCACCCCAUCCCGGAACACCCUCGCCCAAAACGAGUUCAAGACCGGGUAGCUUUGGUUGGGGAUGCUGCAGGGUACGUGACAAAAUGCUCAGGUGAGGGGAUAUACUUUGCAGCCAAGAGUGGGAGGAUGUGUGCUGAGGCGAUUGUCGAGGGUUCUGAGAAUGGAAAGAGAUUGGUGGAUGAAGGGGAUUUGAGGAAGUAUUUGCAGAAAUGGGACAAGAAGUACUGGCCAACUUACAAGGUGUUGGAUGUGUUGCAGAAGGUGUUUUACAGGUCUGAUCCAGCAAGGGAAGCGUUUGUGGAGAUGUGUGCAGAUGAAUAUGUGCAGAAGAUGACUUUUGACAGUUAUUUGUACAAGACUGUGGUACCUGGGAAUCCAUUGGAUGACUUGAAGCUUGCAGUGAGGACGGUGGGGAGUUUGGUGAGAGCUUAUGGGUUGAGGAGAGAGAUGGAGAAGAUAGACGCUUGAGAGCCGUGAAUCAUUUGGUGAUAUCAAUUGCACUCCUGCUAAUUUCAUCAGGAGUGCUUCAUGAAAAUGUAAUGUAAGUAGAGAAACUUGUUUUUUCUUAACAGGAUAUUUAAGGCUUAAGCUGUUAUGAAUUAUGUAUAUCUUGCAUUUUCAA